GGAGAAGAAAGCCACCAGAAAGUAAAAGAGCAUGGCAAUGAUGAAGGAGAUUCUCCGAUCCAGAAACCUCUUGCUUGUUGUUCUCAUUCCACUUCUGCUGCUUCCUCUGCCACUCUUAUACCCCAGCAGCGAAGCCUCCUGUGCCUACGUGCUGAUCGUGACGGCUGUAUACUGGGUCUCUGAAGCCGUACCUCUUGGUGCAGCAGCCUUAGUUCCUGCUUUCCUAUACCCACUUUUUGGAGUCAUGAAGUCCAGUGAGGUGGCUGCCGAAUAUUUCAAGAACACAACUUUGCUCCUCAUGGGCGUGAUUUGUGUGGCAGCUUCUGUAGAAAAGUGGAAUCUCCACAAGCGAAUCGCCCUGCGCAUGGUCAUGAUGGCUGGAGCAAAGCCAGGCAUGUUGCUUCUUUGCUUUAUGUGUUGCACCACGGUGCUCUCCAUGUGGCUUUCCAACACAUCCACCACAGCCAUGGUGAUGCCAAUCGUGGAGGCAGUGCUCCAGGAGCUAGUGAAUGCUGAGGAGGAGCGCGAGGUCAUCAGUACUGCAGGCAGCACCAUUAUUGAAGAAAACGAGCCAAUAGGUCUCAGCGAAAAGCAUGGCCAACCUUCACUGGAGCUUAUCUUCAUCAAUGAGGAUGCUACUACUACUGACUUCAGCUCCUUGAUGCACUCAAAGAGUAUGAAUGGUGUGCACAUGAUAGCCAAUCCUAUUGGAACAAUGAAUUCUAAGAGCAAUGGGCAGCACCUACCUCAGGCUCAGAUACUGGUCCUGCCUCCUAAGCCCUCAGAACUGGGUCUGAGCACUAAGUACCGGUAUCAGACCAGACAUGACCACAUGGUCUGUAAAUGCCUCUCACUGAGCAUCUCCUACGCGGCAACCAUUGGAGGACUGACAACCAUCAUAGGGACCUCCACUAGCCUCAUAUUCUUAGAGCACUUCAACAACCACUACCCAAAUGCUGAAGUGGUGAAUUUUGGGACCUGGUUUUUGUUCAGUUUCCCCAUCUCCCUCAUCAUGUUGGUCCUGACUUGGUUCUGGAUGCAUUGGCUGUUCUUGGGUUGCAAUUUUAGAGAGACCUGUUCUGUGAGCAAGAAGAAGAAGACCAAACGGGAAGAAAUGUCAGAGAGAAGAAUUCAAGAAGAAUAUAAGAAACUGGGAAAUGUUAGCUAUCCUGAGAUGGUGACUGGAUUUUUCUUCAUUCUGAUGACCUUGCUUUGGUUUACUCGUGAGCCUGGCUUUGUACCAGGGUGGUCAUCUUUUUUUGAGAAGAAAGGUUACCGGACUGAUGCCACCGUCUCUGUAUUUCUUGGUUUUCUCCUUUUCCUGAUUCCAGCAAAAAAGCCAUGUUUCGGAAAAAGAGAAAAAGGAGAUGGUGAAAAGUCAACAGAUAUUAACACACUGGAUCCCAUCAUUACCUGGAAGGACUUCCAGAAGACCAUGCCCUGGGAGAUUGUAGUGUUGGUUGGAGGAGGUUAUGCCUUAGCAGCUGGGUGCAAGACCUCUGGCCUCUCUACAUGGAUUGGACGCCAAAUGCUCUCCCUGAGCAGCCUUCCCUACUGGGCUGUAACUCUGCUGGCUUGCAUUUUGGUGUCCCUGGUAACAGAGUUUGUUAGUAAUCCAGCAACCAUAACCAUCUUUCUGCCUAUUUUAUGCAGCAUGUCAGAAACCCUGCUUAUCAACCCUUUAUACACCCUGAUUCCUGUCACCAUGUGUAUCUCAUUUGCGGUGAUGCUGCCAGUGGGUAAUCCUCCAAAUGCCAUUGUCUUCAGUUAUGGGCACUGCCAGAUUAAAGAUAUGGUGAAGGCUGGCCUGGGUGUAAAUCUGAUUGGCCUGGCUGUUGUCAUGGUGGCAAUCAACACUUGGGGAAUUAGACUCUUCCAGCUGAAUAGUUUUCCCGAAUGGGCAGUGGUCAGCAACGUCACUAGCCAAACAUAAUCUCCAAUGAAAAGAAAAAAGAAAAAAAAAGAAAAAAGUGCAAGACCAAAGCAAGUUGGGAGAAAAUAUUAAACAUACAUUGCACAUACAAAAGAAAGGAAAAAACUUGUGCAUACAUAGAACCAGGAUGAUAGCAAAACCAUGAAGAAAAUCUACAGGGAGAUCUUCUGCGUAAGCUUUUCAGUUCUGAAAAGCAGCGUGAGUUAAAAGGAGAGAUUAGCUUUGCUCCUCUAUUGCUGCUUUCACUGUGAUACCAUAACUCUGAAAAAAACCUCUCCUCCAAAUUCUCUGCCUAUGGGUUUUUCAUGCCCUAGAACAAUUACGUAGGACUUGUAAAACAGGGGAUAUAGGACUCCAGUGACAGAAGACAAGUAUACAUACACUGGUGUACUCAGUAGUAGGAUAUUCAGUCCUACCAUUGACUCCUACAGUGAAUGAAGGGUGAGUCAUUCCCAAACCCAGUUUUAUAAGCCUAAUCCUUUUAAAGGCAAAUUAGUAUUCUUCUUUUGAGGUGACUCACCACUGUGUU